AGUCAGUAUAGACACGGGGGAAAUAAUAUAAAACUUAAAAAGUAACUGGUUUGACUCCCGAGGUAGUAAAAUACUCCGGAAAUCGUUAUUUCGAGGUAACUAUCCAAGUAGCUAGUUUCUUUCCAUUGUGUCCCCUUUUAGAAUUCUAACGGCACCUCUGGCGUUUUUUUUCUCCAUAGUGAAAAAUCCUCUAAUCUCCUUCCCCUUCCGAUCCUCUGCUCUUCAUCGUUUCCCCCCCUUCUCCAUCUCUUUCUCACUCAUAUCACUCCUCUCAAGUUUCCUAAGCCUCUCGAAAACGUCCUCUCAGGGUCAUCGUAGCGAUAUAGUUUAUAAACUCGUUUCGUCAUAGCUGCCAGUCUUCUUAAGUCUUCUCAAGUCUUUGCCCACUUGGCCCAGACGUAUAUCCCCCCUCUGGUAAACACAUAUUUCUUCCAUAACAAACAAAUUAUAAUCACACAAUUUAAGAUGGGGUCGUCGUCGUCGUCGUAUGUCGAGCGGGCCUCCCCACGCCUCUCAUCCAAAGCCUUAGCUUCUUCAACCGAUCUAGAAUCAGGAUACGCUUCAGCUUCGUCGUCAACCGCAGAGUCCACAAGCGAGCUGCCUCAAGUCACCCUCACCGCGCCGCACGUCAGGCAUCUCAAUCAACAGCUAGAAAAAAUGAACGCCAUGGACAGGCUUCGUUUCGUCAGAAUCUUAUUCCCCAAUUUAUAUCAAUCGACGGCUUUCGGCCUCACCGGUUUGGUAUCCACAGACAUGCUCUCUAAAAUCGAGAAGGAAUCCCCGGGCACCUCGCCUGUUGACCUCAUUUUUCUCGACACGCUGUACCACUUCCAGGAGACCUAUGACCUAGUUGACAAAGUCAAAGAGAGAUACCCCAACAUCAAAAUCCACACCUUCAAGCCCCACAGCGCCAACACCACCGCCGAAUUCGAAGAGCGGUACGGCGAGAAGCUGUACGAGACAGCGGCCGAACUGUACGAUUGGAUCGCCAAGGUCGAGCCGCAACAGCGGGCUUAUUCAGAACUCAAUGUGGCCGCCGUCUUAACGGGCCGCCGACGCUCCCAAGGCGGCGAGCGGGACAAGAUCGGCGUGCUCGAGGUCGACGAAGAAACCGGUAUUGUCAAGAUCAACCCUCUGGUUGACUGGUCCUUCACCCAAGUCAAGCAGUACAUUACGGAGAACAACGUGCCGUACAAUGUGCUACUAGACCGUGGGUACAAGUCCGUCGGUGACUGGCACUCGACUUCUCCCGUUUCCGCCGGCGAGGACGAGCGCGCGGGUCGGUGGAAGGGCCAGGCCAAGUCUGAGUGCGGAAUACACAAUAAGAAGUCGCGCUACGCGCAGUAUUUACAGGAAAUGCAACGAAAAGCCGAGGAAGAACGGCUUACCGCGGCCCUCGAACGGGUCGAGAGGGAGCAACAUGCGGAGGUGACGGUAUGAGCCACAGAGAGAGAGAGAGAGAGGGAAAGAGAGAACUUACUAAAUACAUGAGAUGAUGGAAAAGGACGUUUCACGGCGGGUCGGACUUGGAAUGCAUUGCAUACGGUUUCGGGUGACCAAAGCUUCGGAUGAUGACUUUAGAAAGGGUAUUCAUUACACAUGCGACGGCGUUUAGGAGUCCUCUGCUCUCAGACGCGAAGGACUGGGGAGCAAAUAUAUUGAUAGGGAUUGAUUGACUACCUAAUCUAGCAGGCCAAUUGCUAGCAAUAAGAUCACUGUGCAUUAUAUUGAUUAUUGAUUGAUUAUUGAUUUCUGUAUCGCGCGUUGACUUGUGACGCCGUGUGGGACAUGUAAUUCUAGAAAGAGAAAAAGGCAAAGAGG